AUGAACGAGAUUGUUAUCGCCAAGCUUUGCCCCAAAAUAGCUACUGUUCCCGAGGACCGAGUGAUCACCAGCAUCAUUGCUGCUGUAUCCCAUCAGUCAUUAUGUGUGAUCAAGUUCAAUCAAAGAGCUGCAUCAGAAGAUAAAGGCCAAGUGCUAAAUAUUCAGAUGAGAAGAACACUGCACAAAGCAUUUAAGGGAUCAAUAUUUGUUGUGUUUGAUAGUAUUGAAUCUGCUAAGAAGUUUGUAGAGACCCCUGGCCAGAAGUACAAAGACACAGACCUGCUGAUACUUUUCAAGGAAGAUUAUUUUGCAAAAAAAAAUGAAGAAAGAAAGCAAAAUAAAGUGGAAGCUAAAUUAAGAGCUAAACAAGAACAAGAAGAAAAACAAAAGUUAGCAGAAGAUGCUGAAAUGAAAUCUCUAGAAGAAAAGAUUGGAUGCUUGCUGAAAUUUUCGGGUGACUUAGAUGAUCAGACCUGUAGAGAAGAUUUGCACAUCCUUUUCUCAAACCAUGGUGAAAUAAAAUGGAUAGACUUUGUCAGAGGAGCAAAAGAGGGAAUAAUUCUAUUUAAAGAAAAGGCCAAGGAAGCACUAGAUAAAGCCAAAGAUGCAAAUAAUGGUAACCUACAAUUAAGGAACAAAGAAGUGACUUGGGAAAUACUAGAAGGAGAGGUGGAAAAAACAGCAUUGAAAAAAAUCAUAGAAGAUCAACAAGAAUCAUUAAACAAAUGGAAGUCAAAAGGUCGCAGAUUUAAAGGGAAAGGAAAGGCAAAUAAAGCUGCUCCACCUGCGCCUGCUAAAGGAAAAGUAGAGUUUCAAGGGAAGAAAACAAAAUUUGAUAGUGAUGAUGAACGCAAUGAAAAUGGUGCAGCUGGUCCAGUGAAAAGAGCAAGAGAAGACAAAGAAGAACCUGCAUCAAAACAACAGAAAACAGAAAAUGGUGCCGGAGACCAAUAGUUCAGUAAACAGAAUUUUUUAUUCUUCUUAAUUAGCUUGUAAGCUGCUUUGUCUCUGGAAGCUUUUAAAAAGAGAACCGAACUAGGUCCACUUCAAUAUCCACCUGUAAGAAAGGAAAAAAUUUUUGUUUAACUCGUCUUUUUUUUGUUACUCAAAAAUGAGGGU